AUGGCUGAAAUAAUAUUAGGACGGAGUAAAUUCCAUAGUCGAAAAACUGCUUCUGAUAAUGCCAAUGAAUUACGCGUUAUUGGAGCUGGAUUGCCACGGACAGGUACUUCUUCACUCAAAGCUGCUCUCGAAAUACUUGGCUUUGGUCCUUGUCAUCAUAUGUCUGAAUUAUUUGAUAAACCUGAACAAAGCAUCUUAUUUGCACGAGCAUUAGAUGGUUACAAAACAGAUUUCCAUGAACUGCUGAAGGGAUAUGGAUCAUCGGUUGAUGCUCCAACAGCCUUGUUUUAUAAAGAAAUUCAUCAAGCUUAUCCUAAAGCAAAAGUCAUACUCACAGUACGUGAUACUGGUGAAAAAUGGUUUGAAAGUUUGAAAAAUUCUGUUGGACCUAUAGGCUCAGAUAUUUUCUACUAUAUUGCCAUUUAUCCUAUUCGACAUUUGCGCCUACAAUGUAUUGUUGCCAGAAAAAUUGGUAAAAAAUGGAUGAAUGAAUAUGAUCAAGUAGGACCUCACGUUCAUGAAUUACACAAUGCUCGAGUUAUAAAAGAAAACAAACAAGACGAACUGCUUGUGUUCAAUGUAAAAGAAGGAUGGUCUCCAUUGUGUCGAUUUCUGAACGUGCCGGUUCCAGAGGGUAUUCCAUUUCCGAAUGUGAACGAUACCCAAUACAUUCAACGCGGAAUUCGAAUGGCAAGAACAGCAGGAUUGUGUGCUUGGGCAUGUAUUAUUGCAGUGAUAGCCAUUAUUCUUUAUUUCUUUAUUUGA